CCUUCCUGUACCCUUUGUAAAUGUUUUGUAACUAGUUUUGGGGUUGGUUUUACUUUUCCUUCUGGAUGUUUUUAACCAGCUGCCUGGUUUUUCUCUGAUUUUUUUUUUCUCAUGUGCCUGCUGCAAGACGUGUUGGCCGUACCUUUGCUUAGGAUUUCUCAUUGUAUUUUUUUUCUAGAGAACCCAGCGGAGAGAUUCUUUCAUGCCACAUGUUUCCUGUGAUCCCUGACACCGCAGCUGUCUUUGGUGUCAUCUGAGACCUUGAGCAUCAGGCAUAAUCAUGGGAGAUUCUCCAGCUGACGUGAUGGAUGGGUGUGCAGGUACAUGCUGCAGAGACACGCAGACAGAACUGGCAGAGAGAGUAGCAGCUAUAGAUGUGGCUGUUGGCCCUGAUAUAAGUGACCAAAAUUCUCAAGAAGCAGGAGAGCAGAAUGACGCAGUCUUUUCAGAUAAUGUAAAAAACAUCCAGAGGAAUGGGGUCAACAGUGAUACAGGAACAAAUGAAUCUUUACCUUCCCAGGAAGAUGAUGAUGCCAACCAAAUGAAUGUUCCCAAGAGAGGUCCCACAAGACCUGUUCUCUCCAGUAGGAAGUUGUCUCUUCAAGAAAGAGCUACAGGAAGCUUCCUGGGUUCUACCAAUGCCCCAGGAUAUGGUCCUUAUGCAACAGGACCCUCACCACGGAUAGUGAGGAGACCAACAAUAGAGUCUAAUCGGGUCUCCAUAUCUGACGCAGAGGACUGUGUGCAGUUAAACCAGUACAAGCUACAAACUGAAAUUGGCAAGGGUUCCUAUGGUGUUGUGAAGCUGGCCUACAAUGAGAGUGAUGACAAGUAUUACGCUAUGAAAGUCCUCUCCAAAAAGAAGCUAUUGAAGCAGUAUGGAUUUCCACGUCGGCCUCCUCCUAGAGGGUCAAAAGCAGCUUCUGGUGAGCAGACCAAACCCAUGGCACCACUGGAUAGAGUUUACCAAGAAAUAGCCAUAUUAAAGAAACUGGAUCAUGUCAACAUUGUCAGACUGAUAGAGGUACUGGAUGAUCCUGCAGAGGACAAUCUGUACAUGGUGUUUGAUCUCCUGCGCAAGGGACCUGUCAUGGAGGUACCAAGUGACCAUCCCUUCACCGAAGAACAGGCUCGACUCUACUUUAGAGACAUCGUCUUGGGCAUAGAGUACUUGCACUAUCAGAAGAUCAUUCAUCGUGACAUCAAGCCAUCCAACUUGCUCCUGGGAGAUGAUGGGCAUGUCAAAAUAGCGGAUUUUGGAGUCAGCAAUCAGUUUGAAGGGAGUGACGCCCAACUUUCCAGUACUGCUGGGACACCAGCCUUCAUGGCUCCUGAGGCGAUUUCAGAUUCUGGCAAAAGCUUCAGUGGAAAGGCGCUCGAUAUAUGGGCCAUGGGAAUUACUCUGUACUGCUUUGUGUAUGGGAAGUGCCCUUUUAUAGAUGAGUACAUUCUGGCUCUUCAUAACAAGAUCAAGAACAAGCCAGUGGAGUUCCCAGAAGAGCCACAAACAAGUGAAGAGCUCAAGGACUUGAUUCUCAAGAUGCUGGAUAAAAUUCCAGAAAGAAGGAUAAUGGUCCCUGAAAUCAAGUUGCACCCCUGGAUAACGAAACUAGGGGAAGACCCACUGCCUCUGGAAGAAGAUCACUGCACUGUGGUGGAGGUGACUGAGGAGGAGGUGAAGAACUCUGUCAAGACAAUCCCAAGCUUGCCCACUGUGAUUUUAGUGAAGGCCAUGUUAAGGAAACGCUCGUUUGGAAACCCAUUUGAGCUUCAGAGCAGAAGGGAGGAGAGGUCCAUGUCUGCUCCAGGAAACCUAUUAAUAAAGCAGGGGAGCAAAGAAGCAGUGAAGGACCCUGACUUACCGGAUGUCUGUGAAGAUGAAGCCACUUCCUGAAGCCACGUGCAUGUCCGGGGCUGGUCCUUCACCUGCCACUGCUGUUGUAACCAUUGCAUUAUUGUGUUGCACAUGUACUGCUGUCAUGAACCAAAGUUUGUGACCUGCAAAAC